CAGUGCCUUUAGCUUUGGUUACUGUUGUUCGUCCUGCUUCAUGCAAGUUGAGAUUACUUUUUUUAGAACUUUCUGUUAGUUUGCGGUGUCCCCGUUUUGUCCAGACUUAACCUGUUUUGAAACAUCUGCCCUCUGUAAUCUCGGAGCAGAGUCGGAAAAUCUCGUCACCGAUGUAAAAUAACGCCUGCUGUCAUGUGACCCCAGAACAGGUGAUAAAAACUCUUUUCCUCUCCGAGAGGGCAGUAGAAGAGGGCUUCAGGAUGUCUGUACCUGGAAGCUUCUCGGUGCUCCGUGUCUUGUGGUUGCUAUCAGUGUUUGGCACGGUGCUCCCGCUGGACGGCGGCAUGCUCUUUCCCCAGGAGUCCUCCUUCAGAGAGGUGAAGGAGCUGAACGGGCUGUGGGAUUUCAGGGCUGACGGGUCCCCCAACAGGAACGAGGGCUUCGAGAAGGCUUGGCACAAACGUCGGCUGGCAGAGACCGGCCCAGUGAUUGAAAUGCCAGUUCCUGCCAGCUACAAUGACAUCACACAGGACCCCACACUAAGAGAUUUCAUUGGCUGGGUGUGGUAUGAGCGAGAGGUGUUCGUGCCGGCCCGCUGGAUCUCCGAUGAGGGAACAAGAGUGGUUCUUAGAGUGGGAAGUGCUCACUAUUACUCAAUAGUGUGGGUGAAUGGAGAGAAAGUGACAGAGCAUGAAGGUGGCCAUCUGCCUUUUGAGGCAGAGAUUAGUAGUUUAAUCCGCAAGGAACCAACAAAGCCAUGCAGAAUCACCAUCGCGGUAAACAACACCCUAACUUUGGAGACUCUUCCUCCAGGCACCAUCCAGUACAUGAAUGACAGCAGCAGGUAUCCUGAUGGUUUUUUUGUGCAAAACAUUGACUUUGAUUUCUUCAACUAUGCUGGGAUUCAUCGUUCUGUACUGUUGUAUACUACUCCUAAAGUGCAUGUGGAUGACAUCUCAGUGGAGACCAACUUCAUGGAUAACACUGGUCUUGUCAGAUACAAAGUAUCUGUUCAAGGUGGCUUCAACAACACUCUGAACAUUACUCUAAUGGACAAAGAUGGCCACUUUGUGGCCUCCUCCAAUGGGUCAUCUGGAGGGCUUAAAGUGGUAGAUGUGAAGCUGUGGUGGCCGUACUUGAUGCACGAGAAUCCAGGUUACCUUUAUUCUAUGAAGGUCCACCUAAUUGCAGUCAGUGAGACAUCAACAUAUGAGGAUGAGUAUACUCUGCCAGUUGGUAUCCGCACAAUAAACGUUACCAACACCCAGUUCCUCAUUAACAACAAGCCAUUUUAUUUCCAUGGGGUCAAUAAGCAUGAGGACUCUGACAUUCGUGGUAGAGGCUUUGACUGGCCCCUAAUUGUAAAGGACUUUAAUUUAAUGAAGUGGUUAGGGGUCAACUCAUUCCGUACCAGCCACUAUCCCUAUGCUGAGGAGAUCCUGCAGAUGUGUGACCGUCAUGGGAUUGUGGUGAUAGAUGAGUGCCCAGGUGUUGGCAUCAAAGACAUUCGCAGUUUUCGAAACGCCUCUCUGUCUCACCACUUGGUUGUCAUGGACGAGCUUGUGCGCCGGGACAAGAACCAUCCCUCUGUGGUCAUGUGGUCGGUAGCCAAUGAGCCCGCCUCAGAGAUGCCUCCUGCUGAAUUUUAUUUCAAGACUUUGAUUGAGCACACCAAAGCUCUGGACCAAACCCGACCUGUCACUUACGUCACAAUCGCUGCAGCUGACAUGGACAAAGGGGGUCCCUAUGUAGAUGUAGUGUGUGCAAACAGUUACUUUGCCUGGUAUUUUGAUCAAGGCCGGUUGGAUAUCAUUCCUCUUCAGCUGAGCACUCAUUUUGAAAACUGGUACAGAAAGUACCAGAGACCCAUCAUCCAGAGUGAAUAUGGAGCAGAUGCAGUUCCAGGGCUUCACAUGGAUCCACCCAUGAUGUUCACUGAGGAGUACCAGAAUGCUCUCCUGCAGAGCUACCAUGAUGUGUUCGACCAGAAGAGGAAUCAGUAUUUCAUUGGUGAACUCAUCUGGAACUUUGCAGACUUCAUGACAUCACAAGGAAUCUAUCGUGUGGUGGGGAACAAGAAGGGUAUUUUCACCCGGCAAAGGCAGCCCAAGGCGGCAGCGUUCCUCUUGAGGAAGAGGUACUGGAGGCUGGCUAAUGAGACGGGCAGACUGCUUCCUGACUGACUAAAUAACUCUGAUCACUCUGAAACUCUGAUGGUAGCCAGUCUGGGAAAUAGUCAACACUGUGUAAGCAGUAUGCUGAACCAAUACUGUGAUAUUGUGUCUGAACAACAUCUGUGUGUGUGUGUGUGUGUGUGUGUGUGUGUGUAUACAUAUUGAUCUUAACUAAUGAACUUUAUAAUACUUUAUUCCAGCUGUAGGGAACAUUUUACAGGUCUACAGUGAUUGAAAAUAGACUCUUGUGCCUUAUCUAUUGUGAAGUUCACCUUUUCUAAUUAAAGCCUCAAUUUAAAAAAGUCUGACGCAAAUUAUAAAAUAUAAUAUUAUAAAACUGAUUUUUUUAAACUGCAAUAAUUUGCAAAUCUCAUAAGCCUGCAUUUUAUUUAUAAUAGAACAAAGAAAACAUAUUUACUGUUUAAAGUGAAACAUACAGAAUUGAAUGGCAGUAGCACAUUUUGUAAAGAACCAAUUGAAUGCACCAACAAACAAACUACCUGAACAACCAGUGACUUAGCUCUCUCCCCCCCAAAGAUACCAAUGAAUCUCUCUAAAUAAAUUACACUGUCAGAUACGUCCCCUUCGAGCCCCCUACCAGGAAAGUUCAAAUGAUAUUAAUGCCACUGAAAAGCAGGCUAAAACCCACUAAACCAGUCUGUUUUUAAAGAGGACAAGACCUCAUUUUGUCAUGAGUCAACCCAGAAUUCAGACAAAAGGAGAGACCAAAAAGACCACAGAGUUUAUAGGACCAAAAUAUAUGUAAUUAAACUGACUGAAAAUUUUAGAACAAGUGUAGUGUAGUGGGUGCAUGGAUGCUUGUAAAUUAUAGCAUAUAUGCAAGAAAAUUGCUCAACUGAAUGGGAAGAAGAGAGAGCAAAACUCUUUUACAUAGCAGGCUUCAGUUCUUUGUCAGUGUCCUGGGGAAAGACAUGGGAUAAUUAUCACCUAUUGCCAAUAGGAGGUGCCAUAAGGGUGACCUGAUACUGGCACAUAGAUGUCUCCAGACAUGGACUCUAAUCAAUCAUGUGAAGUGUGGGUAAGAUGGGACAAAAGUUACUUAAGAUUUAGUUGAGAUUUCAUGUCCAGUGGGGAAUGAUCAAAAUUCUGGCACACAGCUAGCUACAAAAAAGCCCUUUCACAAAAACUCAAAAGCUUCAGAGUUUAACAUCGCCAAGGCUUAGAUUCAACUCACCAAAGGUAGUGUUGAUCCAAUCCAGGAGGAGUUAAAGUACAAAGCCUGAAAAUUGUGAAAAUGCCAGAAUUACACCUGACAUUUAAAGUGGCUGACUUCCUGUUGGGUUUAAGAUAUGGCUCCAAGAGACUUUUUUGAAGUUGUCAGGACAUUCCACAAGGCUGCUAAAUUUCAGACACAUGGAUGAAAUGUUACAGUAUAAACACUUGUAACAUUUAACUACACAUAACACUACAUUUUAAAAAUAAUAAUAAUAAUUUUGUAGGUGGCACUAUGACCCAUAAAACAUGAAAGCCUUUAUCAGUUUGGAGGCGUGUACCAGUUUUCAUGACUUCUUAGGUUUUUCAAGCCCCUCAACAGCAACUUAUUUCUUUAUGCUGAAUUCCCACUGUUGAAUGAGAAAUCACACUGUUCAUGAUAAAGCACCAUGAAGGUCUGAAGUUUAUUCAGACUGCUUUUGAAUUGGAUGUGGUCAGCCUGAGUGUAGCACUACAUCAGAGUAUAAAACAUCAUUUUGUGUUGCCACUAGGUGGUGCUCUCACUAUUGCUUGCUAUUGAUGUGUUCAGGUCAGGACUGGACAAUCUGUCUGAGUUAAAGCAAGGUUGUGUUUCAUUCGAAAUAUCAAAAUUUGCACCAGGGUCACACCCUUUGUUAGAAACUGACUGUUUUCAAAAUAAAGCAAUACCAACUCCUUGAGGCUUUUCUGACCAAAUUUUAGAUAGCUCAGGUCAACCACCCAGUCCUCCGAAGUGUAAAACAUGACAGUUUCUGUUGCCACUAGGUGGCGCUAUGAUUGUGAUUUAAUGUUUACAUAUGGAUCUGUUAUUAAUUUUAAUAUGCAUAACUCAAUCUCUGUGUUACAAAAUGUUAAGAGUUUGAGCAUGUUUAGGUGCUCAAAAGGGUGAUUUAUUUGAUGAAAUAGUGUGUGUAAAUGAAAAUAAACACUUGACACUUUUGUAAUGAAUUUAUUAAAGACAAUCUACUCAA